AUGUACAGGCAAAUGCAGCAGGAAGACCCUGAGAAGGAAAUCCUGACAGCCCUGGCAAUGACGGACAAGCAGAAGAAGGGUUUCAUCACCGCUUCCGAGCUGAGAGCCAAACUCACCAGGCUGGGAGAAAAGCUCUCCGAGGAUGAAGUGGAUGACCUUCUAAGAGAAGCUAAAAUUGCACCAAAUGGGAUGGUGAAAUAUGAAGAAUUCAUCCACGCCAUCACCCUUCCUGCUGCAGACUACUGA